GCGUCGCUCCCUCCUCAGGGGGCCCCGCGGCCCCGGCGGGGGUCGGGCCGGCCCUGCCGGGGUGGGCGGCGGGGGCUUCCUCAGGCUCCCCGGGCGGGGCAGGGCGAGGGCGGCUCCGGCCCCGCGCUCCCCCCGCUCGCUGCAAGAUGGCGGCGGGAGCCGAGCGCGGCGCGGGGUUGCCCGCGGAGCCGCCGCCGCUGUGCCCCGAGGAGGUGGCGAGGCGGCUGGAGAGCACCCGCCGCGAGCUCAGCAACCGCCGCAAGAUCCUGCUGAGGAACCUGCCGGCCGAGAGCAGCAGCCAGGAAAUCCACGACUUGUUUAAAGAUUAUGAAAUCAAGUAUUGUUAUGUAGACAGAAAUAAAAGAACAGCAUUCGUUACUCUGUUGAAUGGAGAGCAGGCUCAGAGCGCCAUUCGGAAAUUCCACCAGUAUUCCCUGCGUGGAAAAGAGAUAUCUGUGCAGCUCCAACCCACGGAUGCCUUGCUGUGCAUCACUAAUUUGCCCAUUUCAUUCACCUUGGAAGAGUUUGAAGAACUUGUGCGUGCCUAUGGCAACGUGGAGAGGUGUUUCUUGGUGUACAGUGAGGUCACUGGCCAUUCCAAGGGCUAUGGCUUUGUGGAAUACAUGAAGAAGGACUCUGCUGCAAAGGCCAGGCUGGAACUUCUGGGGAAGCAGUUAGAGGAGAGCACUCUGUUUGCACAGUGGAUGGAUGUGAACCAGCUGACCACAAACCUUAUUCACUCCAAGUGCCUUUGUGUAGAUAAAUUACAAAAAGACUGUGCUGACUCAAAAGAACUGAUUCAAGCUUUCUCCCUGAAGUACAAACCUGUGUUCUGCCAGUUUGCCCAGGAUGAGGACGGUGGCACCGGCGACUUCGCCGUGGUCGAGUACGAGAGCGCAGAGCAGGCGGAGAAGGUCCGGGAGCUCACGGAUGGAAUGACCCUCAAAGGGAGGAGAGUCCAGGUGUCCUACUGUGCCCCCGGAGCACCGGGAAGGAGCACCUUGGCAGCACUUAUAGCAGCACAGAGGAUGAUGAGGAACAAUAGGAAAGGCUUACUCCCAGAGCCAAAUCCAGUGCAGAUCAUGAAGAGUUUUAAUAAUCCAGCAAUGUUGCAGAUGCUGCUGCAGCCCCAAUUGCGUGGCCACGCUGUUAAACCUGUUCUUGGAGCAUCUGCAGCUUUACCUCACCUUAUAAAUUCGGCAGUUGGCCCCCCUUUUUUGCAGCUGAACAAAGUUCAUCAGAGCUCAGUUCUGGGGAGCACAUCCAACCUGCUGCUGCAGAGCCCUGCCCACCUGCCACUGCCCCAGCAGCAGCUCCUGAAGAUGGAAAACAUCCAGGCUAACAGUAAACCAGGUUUGCUGGGAGAACCUCCAACAAUGCUCCUCCAGACAGUGCUGGGAAUAGGGAUGAUGCCAGCAGUGAGCUCAGGAAUGGGAACCCGAGGAGAAGCUCUGAAGUCAUCUAAUCUGCCUCCAAUUCCAGCAGCAGCAGGGAUGGGCAUGCUGCCAUUCUUCCCGAAUCAGCACAUUGUUGGACAAGCCAUCCCAGGGCAAAAUAAUGCUCCAGACAAACCCUCUCCGGGCGAAGCCGUUGUGUCGGGAUCACAGCCUUAUCCUCAGACCUUGACAACCCUUCCUGCUGGAGCUGUGAGGGCUGGACACACCAAACAACAGAACCAGCUCAAAAGCACUGACACAAAUCUGGGGACUCCCUUGAAAAAACAGACUUCACUGCUUGGGGAACCACCAAAAGAAAUUCGUCUGAGCACCAACCCCUACUUGAAUUUGGCAAGUGUGUUGCCUGGGAUGUGCCUGCCAGCAGCAAUUGCCAGCAAAGCCUCCAAUCCACAGCAGCAGACUGGCCUUCCAAACAAUGUGGUGGAUGCUGCUGUGUCUCAGGGAACUGCAUCACAACAUGCAAUGGAGAACUAUUUCAGUUACUCUCAGCAGCCUGGGGAGUACACACAGGAGGCUGUUCAGCAGUGGUAUCAUUAUGCUCAGGCACAUCACUCUACCCAGGCCAGAGUGGAUGGGUUUGAAAAUGAAGCCUCUGAGGAAUCUACAGGUGGAUCUUACCCAGACUACAGUACCUGCUUGCAGGUUGUGCCUCCCCUUUUGAGUGGAGCCCAGGGAUCCCAGCAGGCAUCCCAGCUUCCUCCCCCAAAUCUGUUCCCUAAGGUGACUCCAGCCCGGAGUGAGAAGCGCAGCUCCUCGUACCUCAUUUCCUCCCCGGAGCCCGGCCCUGUGGAAUUCCCGGCUCCGGGAUCCACAGUGCGUUACACAGAGUCCUCCCUCAAAAAAAAACGUGUGUAUUGAGCCUGGAACCCUCCCUCCUGCCUGGAGGGGACAAGGCAGGCCUGGACCUCUGCUAUUUAUUGCUGCCUUAACUCCACACACGUCAUCCUGCUCCCUGGGUGGUUGUGGUGGCCCAGGAGGAGCCCCCUCUGUCACGGCACAUCCAAGGACACGGUACGUAUGUGAGGGAUGGCUGGUCCUUGGUGGUCUCACUUUCCCUUGGGACAAGAGGGGACAGUGUUGGCUUUGUCACCUGCCCCACAGAGCAGCUGAGGGCCAGAGCACAGUGACUUGGGAGCUGUGGCAGCUCCACCAGCUGAAAGCAAUAAAUCCCUGAGGAAGGAAAGCUGAUCCUUUCUCCAGCCCUCAGGCUGAGGAACUUAAAAGAGGAAGUCUUGAUAGUAAUUAUUUUGUAUUUUUUUAACUCAGAAUGUGUGGGUUUUUUCCAACCUGACUUUUUCCAGGAUUAAGAGUUCUGCAUUUACAGCCUUGGCAUUUUUAAUAUUUCCUCUCAGUCCUGGAAUGGAGCGAUACCAAAUGUACUCCCAGAGCCUCGGUGAUGUUCUCAAUAAAUGGCUGGUAAAAGGAAGAUGUAAUACUGUGCUGCCUUGGAAUUUUCAGUGGCAUUUGGAUAGGUGACAGUUGGACAGUGGAGUAACUUUUAUCUGCUUUUAGGCUGAGAAUCUGCAGCUUUUCCUGGGAGGCAGUGAUUUCCAGUGUGUGGAUGUACCCGUCUAACACAGGGGGUGUGGUGAAGCCCCUCCUCCUUCCACAGGUGUGUGGGACAGCUGAGCCAGGUGUGUCCCAGCUCUUCCAGGGCCACCCACAGCCAUUGUUUCCCAGAUUGAGUGUAUUUUCCUUUUUCCCUUCUUUUUUUUUAAGACUUCUUAUAUUUUUAGCUUAUUCAUUAAGAAUUGUUCUUUUCUGCUGUCAGUCUUUAUAGUUAAAGAUUAGCAAUCCGUACUUUUGCAGUCGGUGUUGAGAGGUAAAGGAGGAGCCAGCCCUCAUUCCAAGGAAUCCUUGGAAUCCCUUGCCUUGGAAUCAUGCAGCAAAUCCAUUUGGACUGAGUUCACCGAGGCCACAACCUUCCCUACUCUUCCUAGUUAAUACUGAAGCCAUUUUUCAAUAGUGAUUUUUUUUAAAUAAAAAAAAAAAGUUUUAAACUUUGCCUUCCAGGCUUUGGGAUGUGAUCAGGAUCCGUAUUUUCAAAGCUUAAAAACAAAAAAUUCCAGUCACAAUCCCUCCUCCCUCAGCUGCUGGGCUCUGGAACUGGCCCACCCUUUGUGCACAAACAGAGAACAGGAGCCUUUCUGGGAUUCUACCUGUAUGUAUUGAUAAAUUCACUUGUAAUAUUUUGUUCCAACUGUUUGUAUAUGCAACUUUCUCAACUUGUUACACUUUUCAAUGAAAAUAAAUUGUCGGUACAUA